UUUUGAUUUUUAUAGAGUGACAUUCCAAGACUAUCUGAACUUUUCAAUUUAAUUCUUCUCUGUUUUAGAUCGUUUUUCCCCUCUUGUUUCUCAUAUUUCGGACCAUUUGUCUUGCUGAACCGUUACAGAAAUUUAAAGGAUAAAGUAUAUUACCAAAGGAGAAUUCGAUGGACAAAAUACAGACGUGUGAAGAUUCUAUAGCAAACAGUAUGGAGAGGAAUCCUUGAUUUUGUAGGUGUACAAUAAAUUAUAUCCACGAUCUCACUCGAAAAGUUUCAGCUUAGAUAAGCCAUUACGCGCCACAGGAACCAGAUGUUCCUCUUCUACAAACUCCGGUAAUUGCCUUCUAUUUUAACUGUAUUUUAACGUACUGUAGCGUCAAAAAGGGUCUCUUGAUGAUAUAUUUAGUUUUACGUGAACCUGGCCUCAAGAAACAAAUGCGUUAAGCAUUUCUUCUGAAUCUAAUACUUGAACGUACGAAGCUGAGACUAAGGGGAAGGAAGUUGUAGCUAGCCUGUUAGAAAUAUAUACAAAUAUUAAAGAGGACAUGGAUAUGAGGUCAGACAUCUCGACAGCCCCAUCAGGAUCCCAGGUCCACCCUGGAGCUACUGCCAUCCCAGUUUCCAUGGCCAGCAGCCUUCUCCGGGGUCCCCCGUUGCUCCUGCGCGCCACGGAGAAAUAUCCCCGCACUCCCAAGUGCGCUCGGUGCAGGAACCACGGUGUAGUGUCGGCGCUGAAGGGGCACAAGCGUUACUGUCGCUGGAAGGACUGCAUGUGUGCCAAGUGCACACUGAUCGCCGAAAGACAGCGCGUUAUGGCCGCACAAGUGGCCCUCCGCAGGCAACAGGCUCAGGAGGAGAACGAAGCGCGAGAGCUGCAGCUCCUGUACGGCACAGCGGAGGGUCUAGCACUGGCGGCGGCUAAUGGUAUUAUUCCGCCUCGUCAGAACUAUGAGGUCUUUGGAUCUGUGAACGACUCUAACUCUGAUGGCAAUAUUCAGAAGUUUGACUUGUUUCCGAAAGCCCAACUACAGAGGUCAGUGACCCCGCAGCAAGCUCUGGGAAAGUCCAUGUCCACUGACACAGAAUCGAUGCCUGGGAUUUCAUCUCCAGAGGUGCGUCACGGCUCCGGCUCUGAGAACGGCGAUGGAGAAUCGUCAUUUGUCAGUUCUCCCGUCUCCAAAACUCCGAAAGACGGAGAAGAGACCCCGGGCUCAAUCAGUCCCCUGGGCUCCGACUCGGGUUCUGAAACGGACAAGGACGAGCAGGAGCCGUCGCCCUCCUCCACCGCCUCUAAGCAAAUGAACGCCAUCGACAUCCUGACCAGAGUGUUCCCCAGCCACAAGCGGAGCGUCCUGGAGCUGGUUCUGCAGGGCUGUGGGAAGGACGUGGUGCAGGCUAUCGAGCAGAUCCUCAACAACAGCGGACAGCCCAAGGCCCCCGAAGAGGCCUGGACGGCGGAGCGGAUGCUCCAGAACGUGCAGCCGCCGUCUGCCUCGGCCCCAAGGCCCAUGCUGCCAGGAGCCAUGACACUGAGCAACAGGUCAGCGUUCUCUCCACUGCAGCCCAAUGCCCCACACUUUGGGGCAGACCCCACCACAUACCCCCUGAGCACCCAUCUGGGUCUGAACCCCCUGCGACUUGCUUACUCUGCCCAUAGCAGAGGGUUGGCCUUCAUGACUCCAUACUCUACAGCUGGUCUGAUGCCAACUCUGGGCUUCAGGCCACCUAUGGACUAUGCGUUCAGUGACCUCAUAAGGGACAGAACAAUUUUGCACAAGGACUCGGGGUACACCAGCGGAUUGUAUGGACCUUUGGUGAACAAUACCCCCGAUAAGCAGUGAGGUACAACAGUAAACCUAUUCUGUCUUAAGUUCCUAUACAGGUUUAUCAUAAUGGUGGUUUACUAAGGCAUGCAAAUUGAUAUGACAUGUAUUUGUAGCCAAACGUUUCUUAAUGGCUUAUAAUGCAUCCUGCUGUGUACAGACUUUGCCUGUCUGAAAUAUCUGUAAAGAAAUCAUUUCUGAGGUUUGCCCAAAACCGACAUGAAAUACAAUAUCAGCAAUAGCUUAAGUAGCUGGAAUUGUAUCACGGUCAAUAUGCGCCCGCUAAUCACAACGUAUAAGAUCAACGCCGCCUUAACUAGCUUUUUUGAGCAACGUCAGUAAAUACUUGACACGCAAUGUUUUAAGGGGUUAUUUGAGAUUAGCGGGUAGCAAAACGGUUUUUAUUUAAUACAUGAUUGUGGCUCUUAAUCAUUUUUGGUAUUGUGAUAGACGGAAUCAAAAUUAAUUUGAUUACAAGUGACCAGUCCUGAUGCCCGGUAACCAAUGGAGCACAAUAAAUAUACAAAAAGAAAAAAGAAAAGAAACACGCUCUCAGUAUCAGUCUUGUAAAUUGUGGGAUUACAGUUUGAUUUUAUAUUUGAUCCAAUUCUUUAAGAUAACUUUAGAAGCGGACGGUCACCGGAUGGCCAUCCACUGAAGUCUAGAGUUCCACGGUGCAAUUUUGUAAUAUCUUUUAACUGUUAUUUUAAUGUUCAAUCUAUUUUGAAGUUAUUGAAUCUCUAGUUACUAAUGUCAUCAUUAUGGGGCUUAAUUCAGUAUCAGUCUUAAGUGUGACCCCAUUUUAAACAAAUUAAAGUAUUUCUAAGUUAUUUCUCUAAUGUGUAGCUGAAUUUCUUUUUGUGUUCAAUCUUAUAGCCGAAAGCCUGACAUUUCAAAUUUAACUAAUGAAGUUUAGGCAUUUCUUGUUUUCGUGUCUUCUUGUCUCUCUCAACAAUAUAUUGUAUAUUGCAUUUCUAGAUAAUUAUAUUAUAUUUGUAAAUGUACCAAACAUA